AUGCAAAUCAACCAGCUCUACACAUAUCCUAUCAAAUCCCUCCGCGGUGUAUCCCUAUCGAAAGCAACCCUCACCCGAACAGGGUUCCAAUAUGACCGCCGCUUCAUGCUUCUCAAGGUCAUUCCCGGCGAGGAUGGCGCACACACCCUCAAGAACAUGCACGUCCCUGAUUUUCCCGAAAUGGCGCUCUUUACGACGGAAAUCGUCUACCCAAAUGAAGAGAAAGGCGUACCAGGCCGGAUCAUUGUGACGUAUCAUCCUCCGCAGGACAGUUAUCACGAUGACAAAGCGAGGAAAAUGCUAGAGAUACCCUUGCAACCAGAUAUACGAGGCCUACGAGAAUUAAGCAUCGAAAUGCACCAGAGCCCAACGACGGGGUACGACAUGGGCAAUCCGUACAACGAGUGGUUCAGCGAGCGGUUCGGGUACGGCGUUGUACUAGCUUACCUGGGCCCGCAUUCACGGCGGGUCCUGGGAAGUUUCGCGCCGGGGAAGAGUCCCGCUCACGCGCUUGAAACCAAGACCAAGCCGGUGGUUUCGACCAGGUCGCUGGUUGGGCUGGCGGUGUUGACGCUCGUGCUGAAUGGUGUUCGUGUUUCAGUGCCGGUGCAGUCGACAAGGGAGGCGCUGCUGAGGCUUUGGCCCGGUGUUGCUGCGACGGUUGUCGCGGGGUUGCUGUCCUACGUAUUAUUGCGGUGUUCGUCGACGGACAAAGAGGAGGAGUCGAUUACGUUCGCCGAUACGGCGCCCUACCUGCUUACGUCCGAGACGUCGCUGGACGAACUCUCUGCGCGCUUCGCGGGGGACGAGCGCAUGGACAUGACCAAGUUUCGGCCGAAUAUUGUUGUUUCGGGCGCGCCGACGGCCUUUGAGGAGGACUUUUGGGCUGAGUUGAGGGUGGGACAAAGGGGCAGUGCGGCGAGGUUGCUGCUCACGGCGAAUUGCGUACGGUGUCAGAGUAUCAAUGUUGACUAUGCGACUGGGAAAAUGGGGACGGGUGAGGCGGGGAGUGCUCUGAAGAAGUUGAUGAAGGAUCGUAGGGUGGACAAGGGGGCUAAGUUUAGUCCUGUCUUUGGGCGAUAUGUCUUCUUGGACCCCGGAUCGGACAAGGUGAUGGUUCGAGUGGGAGACAAGGUGGAUGUCUUGCGGACGAUGAAAGAGAGGACGGUUUACGGUCAGUCCAGUCUCUUCAAGUUGAUUCUACAUUCAAAUACUGACAGGGUUUAG